CACAUGGGGGACAGACUGAGUGAAGAGUGAGAGAGGAGUUAGGCAGGGCUGUAUAUUGUCACCAACCCUUUUUAGCCUGUAUACAGAGGAGGUAGCAGCCAGGAUGAGAAGAAUGAAUGUAGGGGUAAGUGUGGGGGAAUGAUAAAGUAUGUGUACUCCUUUAUGCAGAUGACGUAGUUGUUAUGAGUGAAUGGCAGAUGAGCUUCAAAGUUUGUUGGAUGUAGUGGAUGGCUAUGGUAAAGACUUUGGAGUAAGGUUUAGCAGUGAGAAAAGCAAAGUAAUGAUUCUGAAUGGGUCAGAGGAUGAAAGUAAUGUGGUAUGGAGACUUGGAGAGAAUGAGUUGAGACAGGUGCAAGAAUACAAGUACUCAGGGAUGUGGAUGAGUCCUAGUGGGUGUGCAAAGGCAAAGAAUGAAAAGAUAAAUAUGCUAAACCAGUGGGUAGGUCGACUGGGAAGCGCGGCAAGGAUGAGAGCAAGUAAGUAUGAUGUGUUGAGAGAAGUGUGGAAGAGUGUGGCUGUCCCAUGUAUAAUGUAUGGUAUGGAUGUGAUUGCAUGGAAGGAAAAUGAAAUUGAAAAGUUAGAAGUGGGCCAGAAUAGAGUAGCAAAGAUUGGCACUGAGUCCACCGAGGGGCACAGCAGUUGAAGCCUUGAGAGGUGACAUCGGAUGGCGCACCUUUAGGGAAAGACUCACAAAAGCCACACAAGAUUAGGCUUGAGAGAAUGGAUGAUGCAAGAAUAGCAAGGAAGGUGUACCUGUGGAAUGAAAGUGGAAGCAAAUGGAGGAAGAGAUGCAUGAGAAUGACAGACAGGAGUGGAUUGCAAGUUGUGUGGGCGAUAAGAAUGGCUGGUAGGAAUCAAAAUGAGCGUGAAUGGGUGGUAACAAGAGGAGGAAGAGUGGGAGCCGAAUGGGAUGUGAGAAAAUGGAAGAAUGAGAUAGACAAAGAAGUGAAAUGUGUGGGACUGAAUGAAUGGAAGAAUGAGAUGGAAAGAAAGAAGACCCUGGAAUGGUACAAGGAGAAAGAGGCCCUGAGGUAUGAAAGGUGGUAGGAUGGAAGCCUGGGCGGUGAUCUUCUCUUCCGAGCGAGGGCACAGUGUAUGGAUGUGAAUGCGAGGAGUUACAGGUGGUAUGAGUCCCUGUGCCAGAUGUGUGACAUGGGAGAGGAUGAGACGGUGGAACAUGUGGUGCUGGAGUGUGUGCAGUAUGCCAGAGACAGGAAUGAGAUGAUGCAAGUGAUACUGACUGAGUUAGGGCAUGAUAGGAAUGAAAGAGUGGAGAAGACAGGAAAGGAGUGGAUGGUGUUGUUACUGGGACUGUGUAGAGAGGCGAAUGAAAGGAUGAUUGAGGCGGUGAAGCAGUUUCUGGAGAGAAUGUGGCAUGUCAGAUGUAUGAACAAUUAGGAUAGAGGAUGCUGUUCGUUUCUCUCUUUUUUUUUUUUCCCCUUCUACAGGAGUUGUCGAUCCAAAGGCCUGACUCAGGAGUGAUCCUGUGCCACCUGUACCAUCAAGAUCAAGAUCAAGACAACAGUUCCCACGUGUUUACUUCUACCAUUGCCUAGAAGUCUUGUUCUUUUCGCAAAUUUCCCAAGUAAUUCCCCACCCCGGAGGCCGCCCCCAGUACCCCAGUUCCCUGCAUCCAUGGUUGACCCGUGUGGCUCCUCUCUGGUGGUGAAAGCAAGUGACGGCAAGAUGGUGAUGGUGACCCUGCCCAACCCCCUCCAGGAAAACUUGGAGGAUGUGAUUGAGGUGCAGGGUGUGGGUCAGGGGCAGAAGGUGACGUGCCAGAGUGACGUCACGUUCCCCCAAAUGCAGGCCGGCAAGUUUGCUGACGUCACCAGUCGUCAGUGCACGGCGGGUGCUGCAAGGGGAACUGCAGGAGGUGGACCUGUUCAGCAUCUCAUCCCUCCCUGCCCUCUCCCCUGACAGGAGCAUGCCAGACCCAGGGGUGCCCAAGGAAACGACAAGGGUUACUACCUCUAUGCAGACAAAACCUAACCAACCAGCUUAACCUGAGUCGCCCCUGGAACCGCCCCACCACAGAGGAGGAGGAGGAGGAGGAGGAGGAGACAGUCAUGGAUGAAGGGACGUCACAGAUCAUGCACAUUUGCUUCCAUAUUGGCUCCUGUAUUGCUGAGUCAUUAGAGAGCCUUAAAAGAAGACAGUCAGAUUUAUGGAUGGGGAUGACAGGUGAAAAUAGACAGGUGUUUUUUGUACAGGGACUUCCACGUAGAUAGAGGAUCAACCUGCCAACCAAGUCGCGGUGGAAACUGGCGUACAGCUUCUGUGCCUGAGCCUGCCGUGGACGCAUUCCCAGCCGACUUCUACCAGAACAGCUCGGACACGGCUGGCCAGGACAACCACCGCAACACAGACAUGCACGCACUUGAUAUGGACAUGAAAAUGGAGGGACAGGAGUCCCACGUGAUGGUGUCCGACAGGGAUGCCUCAGUGCAGGAGGGGGAACGGCAGGCAGAGACCCGCAAGCGCCCCUGGGAGAAGCCUGGAGAGUGGCCUGAGGCAGUGAGUGCUUGAGUGGAGCCUUCACACCACACCAGGUUGUGAUGGUGGCGGCAUCUGGGGCAGCAAGAAAGUGGCAGCCAUUUCAUUGUGUUUUUAUAAUCAGUAAAGAAUUGAGAGUAUAGAUAGUGAGAUUAGAAGGAGAAACACUGUGAGAUUAGAAGGAGAAACACUCGUGAAUUUGUCAGAAUAUGACCAUGAACAUAGUGAAGUAUAGCUGAUGAUAAUAUACACAUGAAGUGUCCUUGCCUUGCCAUAUCAAGCUUCUUUUGUAUUUUAUUUCUUUCAGUUAACCGAGCCAAUGAAAGCAGAAUCAAACUUUCCAUUCCAGUCAACUGAACCUGUGAAAGUUCCCAAUCCGGCCAAGCAGGUCUCAGAAGGUGCGGCGUCCAUGCACCCCGUGAUGGUGCUGCACCAGAUGAAGCCUGGCCUGCUGUACAACACUAACCAGACCACCAGGGAUAACAAGCCUUUCUUCACCGUCACCGCCGACAUCGAUGGCAAGGAGUUCUCAGGCAAGGGGACAAAUGUGAAGAAAGCCAAGUUCUUCCUGGCCAACACAGCAAUACUGGGACUGUACGGGGUAGAAUCCACCUUUGAGAUCUCCGCUUAAUAGAAGUACUAGCUGCCUGGGUACUGGCGGCGGUGUGCGGGGCAGGCGGUCCCUCGCACACGUGGCUGUAGAGUCUGCUACGUGAUAAUGACAAAGUAGAUAGGUAGCUACAUAGUAUUUUAACCUGAAGUCCUGUCUGUGAGUGUUGUCUUGUAUGUUGCUGCUUGCUGAAGGCAGGGAAUGUACUGAACUGGACCUGAGUGGCUUACAAAACUCCUGUGGAAAGGAAGUGAUGGUCUGUGCUAAAUGUUGCAGUCUGACGAGUGACGUGGAAUUCAAUUUUUCCACGUGUAAAUUCUUCCAGUCCAGUGUUUACCUUUAUUUUGUUCCAGCUCUGUUACUUAGUGCCAGAGUUAGAAGACUGACAUUUAACGGAAUUCUUAUUUAUGAUUUUGACGUACUUUCUUUUCCCAUUUAUUUACUUAGCCCAUGAAGUGUGGGUGCUCCUUGUAAAUGGUCGGUGCUGAGCCUGCCAUGAAUGCAAAUCAAAUGCAGCUGAUUGUGAAAGACAGGCACAGGAGAAGGGGUCAGUCACUCAUUCCUGCUUGUGUCAGAUCACUCAUCUAGUGUUCUGCUGUGGAGUGGAGUGGGUGAUGAGAGGGCUGUGGUGAUGGGACAGUGACAGACAAGCCCUACUUACUGAAAACAAAAGUGUGCGAACUCAUCACAUCAACACUUAUUUAGCUUCCUGACAAAAAUGGCAUCCAGUUUCAGAUGUUUAAGGUAUUUAACUCAUCUAUUUAUUUAAAGGUACCCACUCUUUAUGGGUUAAAUGAAAGCUGUACUCUAGUUUAGCAGUCAGUCUCACCACUUGGUUUAAUGUGAGCAGGUAAGGAAGCCCUAGAACCUGGCCCUUGGUUAGGUUCUGGUGACUUCUGGCUGGAAUCUCAGUACCUUAAUUUCUCUUCUGGUUGAAACUUUCUCCUCAAACACAACUGGCUGGAGCUGAGUCCUGGGAUGGUCAGCUGUUUAAAUAUUACUACACAAAAUGUUAUGAGUUUGAAUACAUAAUGAAAAUUUCUUUAAUGUGUAUGUAUGUAAAGGUUAUAAAAGCAAGUAUUUUUUUUCUUUUUCAAUUUUUGUAUAUAAUUGAGGUUAAGAUGAAUUUGAAACAUUGAUUGCAAUUUAUCAAGCUGGUGUUUUUGGUUUUGAAGGAAGUGUAAGUGCAAGAGGUAUGAAUUUGAAACAUUGAUUGCAAUUUAUCAAGCUGGUGUUUUUGGUUUUGAAGGAAGUGUAAGUGCAAGAGGUAUGAAUUUGAAACAUUGAUUGCAAUUUAUCAAGCUGGUGUUUUUGGUUUUGAAGGAAGUGUAAGUGCAAGAGGUAUGAAUUUGAAACAUUGAUUGCAAUUUAUCAAGCUGGUGUUUUUGGUUUUGAAGGAAGUGUAAGUGCAAGAGGUAUGAAUUUGAAACAUUGAUUGCAAUUUAUCAAGCUGGUGUUGGUUUUGGUUUUGAAGGAACUGUAAUUGUGCAAGAGGUAAUCAUUUGAUCAGAGUGGAAUUAAUGAAGCAGUUUACCACACCAGUAUUGUCAUUCCUGCUCCCUGUGUGUCCACCUUACCUCUCACACCCUGACGUUUGCCUCAACGCCUUCAUUUAUCACCAAUGCAGUUAGGUAAAUUAUCACUUAUUACUAUUUUCUCAUAUGAAUUCAGAAACACUGUCAGCUUAUCAAAUAGUGUAUCUGUUAAUAUAACCUUUUGUAGGCAACUUGUCCUGUAACCACCUAUGACAUUUUAGGCUCAUUUUUGUACCAGCCUCUUCAACAGUUCUAUAGCUUAUGGAAAACUAAAUUAACUUCCUAUUCUCUCAUUUCCUCUGUCCAUACCAGCAGUUCUCAUAGUACUCUCAAUGUUGAAGGAUGAUAGCAGUCCAAGGGCAGAGCUAGUGAGUUUCUUUGAGUCUCCCCAAUAAUUGUUUUCUUUUGUAGCUUGCGGUGAAGAGGAGGAUAAUAGCGGUAAUUAAAGGUUUAGUGAUUAUAUGAAAAAAGUAUUUUUAUAAGGCGUGUAUUCGUGGGAGUGAUUUAAAAGUCUUGAAACAUUUAUUAUAAAUAGUCUUUACUUAUUUCAACUGUAGUUUUCUCUAAUCAAUGGUAAUACGAAUAAUAGAAUUACAUCAUGUUGCGUCAGCCUACCAGUAACUCAUAAGGUAUCAUACCCUAGCUUAUAAAAUAUGUUAGUAAUUUAGAAUUCAAUUAUUAACUUCAACUAAUGUCCAGCCUAUAUGCUCACCUUGCUAGCCAAUUAUUCCUGCAUUUUUAUUUAAACUCACGGUUCAGUAAAAUUAUUUGUGAAAGAAGAGAGAGAGAGAGAACUAGCUAAGGUUCCAAUAACUUCAGAUGCCUGUGGGUGUUGAGGGAGAGAGCACAAAAUGGCGUCUCCCUUCCCUCUGGCAACAGGUGGGUCUCGUAGCUCUGAAAUAUUUGAUUUUUCUUUUAUUUAGAAGUGAAUAUUACUGUUCAUGUUUAUUAUUCAUGUCUAGUGAAGAUAUAGUGACUGUACGUGUUGACAGAAUGGCGUCUCCCUUCCCUCUGGCAACAGGUGGGUCUUGUAGCUCUGAAAUAUUUGAUUUUUCUUUUAUUUAGAAGUGAAUAUUACUGUGUUCAUGUUUAUUAUUCAUGUCUCUAGUGAAGAUAUAGUGACUGUACGUGUUGACAGAAUGGCGUCUCCCUUCCCUCUGGCAACAGAUAAAAUAGCCGGUGUUGGUCCCACGUGGAGACAGGCCACAGUCUUGGGAAAGCGUUAGCCAUGUAAUGUUUCUUUAGUCAAAUAUAAUCUACUGUGAAUGUGUUGUGAGCAAUAUUAUUGCCGUAGAGAAGUGAUGGAGGAAGGCUGUGACGUUAUUUAGGGAUAUAACGGUGCCCAGAAUGAAUGGUGGUCUUGAGGAGUUAUAAAAGUAAUUAUUUUCUUGUGUAUUCGUAGUGUUAAGUAACGGAGUAUAAGUGUAUAUGCCAUACCAGAAUUUCAAGUGUCAUAGUGGGUCAAUCAACCCAAAGAAUCCCAUCAGUAUUAUUCAUUUAAUUAUUUUUGCUAUUUUUAUAUUUUUCGUUCCUCCUAAUAAAGCCACACUGUAGG